AUGAGAAAACUUGGUAUCGACAAACUCAAAGUGAAGCACUUACCAGAUUACCCGUUGUCAAUUGAUCCCAGUCAACAGCCAGAAGACACUGCCACUCAAAAACCAUUAUAUUGUUAUAACUGGAAAUUAUCAGCUGACGACAAAGCAAAUAGCAAAAAUUUAGUAGAAAUUCAACAAUGGGUCAUGCUUAACGCACCAGUAGAAAUACCAUCAGUCAUAGGGAUGCUUCAGCUUGUGCUACCAAAGGACCUGAAGCAUCAAAUUUGUGUGAUAUUCCAACAUAUGGCAAGGCAGUAUUGUUUGAAAUUACAAAAGGACGAGGCACUGGCGAGUCGAGAGAAUGAAGAUGAUAGGGACCUGUCUGACACUCAAGAAGAGAACCUUGUAAGCAUGUCAGUGUCCAAAGCGCACAAAGACUCUCGUGCACAGUCUAAAUUUGAUGCUGUAUUUAUCCUAAAUGCUAUGUCUGAUGAUGAGGUCAAUCCGGAUUAUCGGCCAAUGUCAGAUGAGGUUAGGAUAUUCAUUAGUAGGGCCCCAGAUUAUAGGAGUGAAAUACUCCAAACGAUAUAUGACGACCCUGAGAAAAUCAUCAACAACUAUCCACCUCCUUCGACAAAAUUCCUCAAGCAUCGGCUCCAUGCGUGGCAGAUCAAGCCAGAACUACUGGCCUUGGCUGAAUAUAGCAAUAAUCUUGGUUCUUCAAGGCUUGCUUACAGUGGUACAGCGUGGGGUGACAAAAAAGAUCCAAUUGAUGAUGGGUUGAAUGGGGUUGUGCACCACAAACAAAAAUGA